UUGUAAUGAUAUUGAAGACUGGACCUAUAUAUAGUUCAGGAUGAUUUAUAAAAAAAAGAGUCUUUCAUUGUUUUGUUUAAAGGAAGUAGGCCUAUAAUAAAUUAUUACCACAAUCUUAACUAUUAUUGAAAUAGUUCUUAGAAAUAUUUCCCCUUUUUAUUACUAUUUAACAAGAUAGCAGAAGUUAAAACCGUUUCUGAAGACAAUGAGGCUUAUGUCACACAGUACUGGUUUAUUCCUGUAUGCAUUAUCAUAUAAGACAUGCAUGCUGAAGCACACACAAUAGUUUGAGAAUGUGUAUUUAGAAACAAACAGAAAAAUACUGACCCAACGCCCAAUAGCCAUUGGCCAUGGCACACGCAAGACAACGUAUUGUUCAUCUCAUAUUCAAAAUCACUUUAUGGAAAUAUAACAAACGUAAUGGAAACUAUUAGUCAAGGGAACAUGCAUUGCUUUUUGAGUGAAAAUGACACUAAUUGAGGGCUUAAUUAAUAUGCAGAGGGUGGGAUGGGUCUACUUAGACUAAACAAAACAAGGGUUCCAGAUAAAACCGUAAGAACCUUGUUUAUCUAUUAAGCUAAAAUUAUGCUUAUUAGAACUGUAUGUUUUUGAGAAAAUAAUUAAAAUAGUAUAGUUUGUAUAAUAAUAAACCUGAUGUAUUAUGAAACAGGUUUACUGUACUUCCAAUGGUUCAGAAUAACUAGCAUUUCAAAGGACCAAUUAUUUUCUAGAUUUUCUAUAUUAAACAGAAUUUAAACAUGGAGCAUGUUGAAAGCUACCUUUGAUUAUGUUGGUUUCAAAUUAUUAAUUGAAUGUAGUUUGGGCAACUUGAAUCACCCAAAGUACAAUUUGUCUUAAAGCUUUUAUUUUUUGUAAGUAUUGACUUUUCAGCUGUUUUAACCUCUACAACAAUGUAGAGAUAAAAAGGUGUUCUUAAAUAGUAUACACUGAUCUCCUGUGUGGUCUCAGUAAGAAGAAUCAGUCUUUCUCUCAUGUCCUAAUUAAAAGAAGGAAUUUUAUAGUGUUUAUAAACUUUUUUACACCAUGCAUAUGAAAUCUCUUUUAAGUGAUGAGAUAAAAGGAAAACAAACUAUAGUUUUCUCCAGUUCAGAUGGUGGAUCUUUCCUUUUUUUUGGUAAUAAUGUAGGUAGGCUUCCUAUAGAGAAAUAGCAUUAUGAUAUAUUGGCAAUAUACUGUAUAUGAUAUAUCAAGGGGAGAUAAGAAAUGAAUGCAAUGCACAUAGUCUGCCAUCUCCACAUUUUUUUUUUUUUUUUUUUUUUUUUUAAUUAAACAUGACAUUGGUACUGUAAACAUAGUUGUUGCUAUUAGAAUUUUCUUUUAGUAGAGAAAUUCCAUUCUUGCUAAUAACAAAAACAGGAAAUUGUAUUUUAUUCAUAAGUUUUGUAGCUUUCUUUAAAAUCAGACUUAUUUUCAGAUUUUUUUGUUUUUAUUUAUUUAUGUUUACAAUUGUCUUUCAGAUAUCUUCUACAUCCUACUUGAUGGCAUCUUUGAUAUAUUCAUCUUUGAUAUAGUCAUCUUGAAAGUGGUUUUUAUAAUUAGUUUAAACAUCAUAAAAUCAACAUGAACCUCUCAGAGCAGAACACGCAUAGCUCCACAGAGAGCUACCCAGUAGAGAACAAAAAUGAACUGUCUCACUCUUACUUCAAAAGAAAUCGCUAUGACGAUUCUUUGAGGCUAUACUCAAAUAGCUCCAUCAUUUCUCAGCUAUUGCGGAAGACAAUACAGAACAAGAGGGUAGCAGAAGAGAGCCUUUUCUACCUGCCGCCCAGUGCUGUCCCCGGUUCCACCACUGCAGACUUCAGUCAGGAGGACAGAAGCAGCAGCUCCUCAAAGGAAAGCACCCUGGAGCCGUCGUCCCCCGCUAGUCAACCAUCCACAACCACCAGCUUGGAAGCCGACAGGCCUUUUAAUGAGCACCGCCAAGCCAAACGAGCCAGGGUGGAAAAUAUCAUCAGAGGAAUGGCGGUUUUUCCUAAUGCGCAAGUUCCUACUGACAGGGACAGAAACAAUCCCUCAGGAGAUGCGAGGGAAAGCUUCAGGGAGAACAAAAGGAAGCAGAGACUUCCUCAGCACCAGAACCACAGCCUGGGUGAAGCCCUGCCAGCCACCAGAACCAGCAGUAAAGACGACGAGUGCCAUCAGCUUAAAGAACAGCUUCAGUCUAUGCAGAGGCUGCUGAGGCAACUGCAGGAGAAGUUCUUCCAUGUUUAUAAUGUCAGUGACUCUGAGCAUGAUGACCAGGAUGAGACUGAAGAGGCUAGCUUCUCCUUCCAUACCAAUAGUAUGAACACUGAGUUUAUGACGACUUCUGACUAUGACUUAAGUGCUGGUUUUGAUGGUGGCUUUGAAAAGAUGGAAAAAGUAAAAGAGGCGCAAAGAGAUAUUCUGCCCUUUGGCCACAUUGCCCCAUCGAUGCUAGCUGAUGGAAAGAGUUUGUCAGACACAUUAAAACACGAGUUAUCCAGGGUGGUAAAGGAGAGUGUGGACUCUGUUUUAAAGAAGUUCACCUCUGUAUUGUCCAGCCAGGCAUCUCAACUGCAAAAUCACCAGGAAUCCAUAUCUGAUAACAUGGCUUCUGAAAGCAAGAAUCUACCACCCUAUGCUCCGGAACUGGCUCAUUUUCAGGACAGUGUAAAGCCCAGACAGUUCGAGUAUUAUCAGAAUGCUGAGGCACCAGCUGAUGAAGACCAGACAGAGGCACUGUCACUGGUCGUGCGGAAGUCCUCUCUCAAUCACCCUAGUUCUGUGAGCCAAGGGCUUAAGAGACCCUACCACUUGCCUCAAACACCUUUUCAAUUUAACUACCACCAGGCAGUGCAGGAAAACCAAAUACUUGAACAUCUCCUGAAAUAUGGCCCUCAUGGUAAUUUUGGUAGUCGCCCAUGCAUUCCCCCAUCCGUGGACAGGUCUUCACCAGAGUUAGUAGACAUACCUUGGGAAGCCAUAAAGGUCAGAUCAAAGGUCAUCUCCAGUCACGUGGCUCAACAGUCACACCAAGCGCCUCUCAGCCAGGUUCCAGUGGACAGCCACUGUCUUCCCCACGUAAAAAUGGAAUGUGGGGAUCUUCAGAACACGGCAGAACGGAAUCCUUAUAUGUCAUUAAAUAUCCAGGAGGGUCUAACACCCAAUCACUUGAAGAAAGCUAAAUUAAUGUUCUUUUACACACGGUAUCCCAGCUCCAACGUGCUGAAAACAUUCUUCCCCGACGUCAAGUUUAACCGCUGCAUCACCUCCCAGCUCAUCAAAUGGUUCAGCAACUUCCGUGAGUUUUACUACAUCCAGAUGGAAAAGUUUGCCCGCCAGGCGGUUGUGGAUGGAGUGAACAAUGCGAAAGACCUCACGGUUUCCAGAGAUUCUGAAUUGUUCCGAGCCCUCAACAUGCACUACAACAAGGCCAACGACUUUCAGGUUCCAGACAGGUUUAUUGAAGUUGCUGAAAUAACAUUACAAGAAUUUUUCAAUGCCAUCUCCAUGGCAAAGGACACCGAUCCUUCAUGGAAGAAAGCAAUCUAUAAAGUAAUCUGCAAACUAGACAGCGAGGCCCCCGCACAGUUGAAAUCUUCCAACUGUCUUUAAGAAGACCUCUCACGACCACUUAUACUUUAACACAGAUGGACGCUACUAAGAACAGCACCAUCUGGAACAUGAUCCAUAGAUUAAUGGAAAAUGUAUGGCACCUAUUAAAAUUGAUUUACAAUUUCUCUUUUUUUCUCUCUCUCUAAUGAAGUGCUGUAUUGCUCCUUAUGGCAAAACAUCUGAGAAAACCACAAUGCAUCAAAAGGAUAAUGUAUUUUUUUUUUAAAUUAUUUUAGUUUUGGGAAAAGCGAAGUUUUACCAUAAAAAUGUUAUUUAAAAAAAAGAAACACGAUCAGUCCAGAAUUCCAGAAGACCAUUUGUGUUACAGCUCUUCAAUGGAUAAGGGGUUUGUUUUUUGUUGUUUCUUUUAAAACUGCAACAGUGGGCUCUUCUAUCGAGUGUCUUAUUAAUGUUUCAAGCAUAUUCAACAUUUUAAAGUAAUAAUGGAGAUGAUAAAGUGUCUCUUGAACAUGGGUGCUUGAGACAAGAAAGGAGGCAGAAAGAUACUGCCAUAAAAAAUAAACUGCAAAUAGUCUCCAAAAAUCGGUUAGUGGAUGAGAAAUUACUGCAUAUGUAUAUUCUAUAUUAAAAAAACAAACAUUUACUGAUGUCAUCUUAAAAAAUAAAAUAUGUUAUUCGUUGCACAUGCAUGCAACAUGUUAAUUCCACAGGGAUCCUAUGUACAGCUUAAUCACGUCUUUGUAAAGCUAGUUAACCUAGUCUCGCUCCAGAAUUCAAGAAAUGAAGCAAAAUGCAUCCAUUAGUGUCCUGAUAUUUCCUGAUUAUGUAGUCUUAUUUAUGUAAAAUGUAUAAACAUGAAAUUAUUAUUUUUGUUUGCAUACUGGUAAUGUGAAUAACUGUCCUUUCUGGUGUGUGUUUUUAUGUAAGGUAGAAAAUAAACAGUACAAUGUUCAAAUAAAUUAUUUCUCUUUUGCUCACCUUGUUCAGUUGUUUACUAGAUGUGACUAGGCAAGCAGGAAAGUGUAUAUAUUAAAUUCAUUUUAUAAUACAAAUACAUUGCAAACAGCUGGAUGAAAAAAACCUUAACUUCAGACAUAUCAUUAGCUUGUUAGCACCGAGUGUUUUCUAGAUAACAUUUUUAUUCCUUUCAUUAAUGUGAGAAGCAAGUAAAACAAAUUGAUUAUACACAAGGAUGUAAAGCUGUUUUUUAAGAAGUGACUGCAGAAAUGUCAAAGAUAUUUUGUCAAAGAUAUUUCUUACAUUAAUUUGCCUUAUCAAUUCCAAUUAGAGUGUCUCCACUUCACUGGAGUAGUAGAAAUCACGGGGGGCGGGGGGAAUCUGAAUAUUAUUAUUAUAAUCUAUAAUAUUAUAAUAGUAUUAAUACUCAUUAAGCCAUUUGUGUAUCAAUCACAGCUGGGAAACGUGUUCAUAGUAAAAUUUAUUUCAUUUACUUUUAUGAAAAAGCUAAAUGGGCUUUUAAAAUUGGUCCAGCCUUUAUUUUUCAUUAACAAGCAGAACGUACAAACGAAAUCGCAACAUGUUAAGCCACAAAUGUGUCUUAAAGCUAUUAUGAAAAAAGUAUUUUAGCCGGACACACUAUUACAAUCGCUCGGUGUAACUACAUGGAGGAGUCGCUUCUGCUUUUAAAUUAAAGUAAGACUUAAGAUUUAAAAGCCCAUUUUGUUGUUUCACAGAAAAAAA